AGGUAGGCACGUGCAUCGUCUAACUAGAAUGUGUUGCGCUGUCAACACAGCGAUGGCGCGAAUGUGUGAAGGGAAGGCAUGACUGAACGCUCUGCGGUAAAAUCCUAAUACUACCCCUAAUCAUGGGGAAAACACUACUGGAAUGCUACCAGAUACUCGGGCUAAAUGUUGAUGCCACCCAGGAUGAAGUGAAAAAGACCUACAAAAAGCUUGCUCUGGAAUGCCACCCUGAUAAGAAACCUGAUGACCCCGAUGCCACUUCACGAUUCCAGCAAUUUGGUCAUGCCUACCAUAGGAUUAAAUCAGCCCAUGAAAAAGAUUAUAAAGAUGAUGGUGGCAAUGAUGAUGGAUUUGACUGGAAAAUGUUCUUCGCAGCCAUGUUCAGUGAUGAGCUGUACUCUCGUCGAGGGCCCUGUCGUUGCGAGAGGUGUGGCAGGGAGUACAUGGUGGAUGAUGAUGAUGAUGAUUCAUUGAGCUCUUCUAGCGAGACUGAAAACUGCGAAGACAACUCCUUCACUGAGGAAGAGAUGGCCCAGUUCAGGAAGUUUGACUCUUUGAAAGAGCAGCGAGAAUUUAACAAGCAGCUGUAUUGUGCUCCAAAAAAGUCAACAAAGCCUUCAAAGGAAUCUAAAGUCUUGAAGCCAAAAGCCAAGUCUGCAAAGCAGUUAAAAGCAGAACAGUGGAGAAGACAGAAGGAAAUCUCCAACAUUGCCGAGGAGAUUGAAAUGAAAAAGAAGACAGAUGAGAAAAAGCUGGCCAAAGCUGAAAAGCAAACCACUAAUUCACAUAUUGAUGACGGUGUUAUCAGAGCUUCCGGUUUGGAUAUUGGUAUCAAGCAGACAUCAGAUAACAACAAACCACAGCAUAACCAAAAGAACACUUCAAAGAAGAAGAAAAAGAGAAAAGACAGACAUAGAAAGAAACAGGACCAAGACCCAGAACCACUUAAAGAAAAGAAAAUACUGACCCAACCUACCAAUCCUAUUCCUUCAUUGAGGCAGCCCAAAAACAUUCCUUUAUCCACUUCUGUGACCAGUGCCAAGUCAUCUCUAGAUCAUUGCACAAGCUUCCAAAUCAAUAUGCUACCCGAGCAUGCUUGUUCCAGUAGCCAUCCAUUAACUCGACCAAUUCCAAAGCCGCAAAGGCCACCACAGCCAAGUAAAAGUGGCUCAGGGUGGGCAAGAAACUCUACUCAGAUGAGGCCACCUCAAAGUAAUGUCUGGCAACAGCGUCAACAAAGUCAGUAUGAGAUGCAACAGCUUCAACCUUCCACAGAGGAGGAAGAGCUCCGCCAACUAGAGAUUGCUAUUCAGAUGAGCAAGCGACAGGCUGAGAUUGAGGAAAGUAGCAGGCUUCUCACUGCCUUGGAGGAAGAGCUACUUAGGAAGCAAAAACUUCAGCAACAGCAGUGGAACACUACUGUGUCUGGACAAGAAAUGUUAGGUGCUAACACCUUAGAUCCCAUCAGUACAUCAUCCAGAAUCACUAGUCCAGACAUUCCAUUGCAGCAUGAAAGCUGUGAAGAAAUGACAUCUAAAGAACUGCUUGAAGUCAUGGAGCACAAAACAGUGUUGAGAGAAGAAAACAGUGCUGAAGCUCAAGGUGACUGGGUUCAAGUUCCCUUAAAUAAGACUAAGUCCGAGAGCUGCUCAGUUGGCUUUCAAAAUCAGGCAUUUUUGGUCCUCUCUUCCUCAGACAUGGAAAACAGAGACAUGUCUGUCGAGAAUGUAUCUCAAGAACAACAUUUGAGUCAGAGUGCACCAGACUUACACAAAAGAAAGAGUUUUGAUAUUGGAGCAGUCAGGCUGAAUAACUCUGACUCAGCGAUUUUUCAUAUCAAAGAACCAUUAAACAUGUGUCCUUAUGGCCGGAACUGUUGUCUUGGCAAGACAUGCACCUUCUCUCAUCCGCCACCUAUCAAAAAAGUUUCUCCUCUUAAAACAAAACCCACCAUCCUUUCUUCUAAUGCUCCAAGAAAUGUCGCCAACAAAGUGAUAGGCACUGGCUCAGGACCAGUCCAAUCCCAGGAAGAAACGAGGGUCAAUGAUGAUGAAACAACUCCUGGACAUUCCAGACAACACAACUCCUCAGAGUGGGAUGGAAUUGAUGUAGUGGCCUGUAAUUCAAAUAGUUUGGACAUUAACAAACAGACCAAGAACUUCCAGACUGGCAACACCAGCAAGACCCCUUUGAGUGUUAGAUUUGCAGACUUGACCAAGUCUCAGGCAAGCCAAUGCUCAGGCAAGCCAGAUUCUGGUGAAACUAUUUUGGCAAGCAAAAACAUGGAUGACUGUAAGACUGAAAGCUGUGACACAAAGUUUCCAGACAAAAAGUAUACUGAACCUGAUGUUACAAAUGUCAGUAACAAUGUCAGUAAUAUUCUAGAGAGUGAUGACUGGGAUACAGAGCUUGACUCAGAUCAACAAGAUGAUGCCAGAAACACAGUGUGCCAGGCAGGCCAGAAAUACCAACCAGAGAUUUGGGAGACCAUGGGUAUUUCUGGAAAAUUAUUGGGUCCAGACACUAACCACUCAUCUUUAGGGCAAGCUGGAAAUGUUACACCUAAAUAUAAGCAACCAACAGACAUACCACAGCACAACCAACAGGCAUCAUUUUUAUACCCUCAACUCAUUACUGGAAGUGGAGCAGAUGUUCCUGGUGUAGCUUGUGCCAGUCAAGGUUACCCAUUCUCUGGCACAAGAAUGCCACACCAGGCAAAUUGGCCAACACAGCAAGGUACCAAGGCAGUUCCAUCUUCAAUGCCCAGUCUCCCUUCAAUGCCUGGUCCUGCCUUCCAGGUUCCACAACUUGCUGGUAUGGUUAUUCCAGGGUUUACUGGUUUACCAGAGCUACCUUUUCUUGGUUUCCUUGGUAUGCCGCCAUUGCAGAACACAAACUUUGGUACCAAGAACAGUUUGCCACCCACACUAGCUGCUCAGAGUAGCAACAUACAGAACAUUACAAAUGCUCAAAACAAGCAAUUUGACCAAACCUUGAAAGGUUUACCAUCAACCACUUCCAUCAGCACUUCCAUUGCUACAGGGAUUCCUUCAGAGUUCUGUGACACUAAAGCACAAAAAGAGCCCAUGAUAGAUAACGUACCACCAUACACAUAUUCCAGUCUUCCUAUGGAUGGUACAAGUCCAGUGCUGUCACCACUUGCAUUACAAAUGUAUUACCAGACAUUACUUCAGAUGCAGAUGGAAGCAUUAAAAGUGAAUAUUCCAGCUGUACCCAGUAUUCCAGGGAUUCUGCCAAGCACAGCAAUCAAUCUCAAUGCAACUAUGAUGGGAGCAAGAGGUGUGGGUGAUGGUACAGGUCAAAAUCCUAUUUCCAAUGCCAAGGCAGAAGGAGCUUCUGCACAAGACGUCAGGAGACCAACCUCAGUGCCCCGUGCAUUAGCCUGUGCAGAGAUCAGGGACAGAUAGCAAGGUCACUUCUCACUGACCUGUCAACAGUUGUGUUAGCCCCUCUAUCUGGAUCAGAGGCAGAGACUUCUCCUCAUAAUACAAAGACUUUGGAGCUUCACAUGCAUGUUCAAGUUGUUUGUUUUGUUUUCAUCAUUGCAAAUGUAUAUCGGUCCUCAAUCGGGCACACGUUCAACGCAAGGAAUUUCGCUGAUUCAGCAAAAACAGCUGCUUGAUUUACCUGUGCUUGGGUUUUCUCUAGAUCUUGGGUUCUAGUGAGAACCAACCUUAACAUUUUUUUGCCUUGUCUGUUGCUAUGUACAUAAGUUUUAUACAAUGUUACCGUUAAAAUGUACAAAUCCAAAGUGACCCAGGCCAUUGCGGACAAGCAGACUCUCUGAUUCUCAUUGGCAGUUGCAAAUCUAGACAUUUUAAAAGGAGGCAUGUCUAUAGUAGAAACAACAUGCAAAUGGUAAAGGAAGGUGCUAGGAAUUUUCCUCCAAAAGGGACCAUUUUCACUUCGUUGUGUGCACAUCCAAAAUGCCACUGACUGAAAUGACUGGUAGGCCACAGUUGAUUUAAAAUGGUGCAAGGUGGAAAAGACGAAGCUAUAGAAAAAGCUGCCAGAGUACUUCUUUAGCAGAGUUUUGGCGCUAGAGUCAAAUUUCCCUUUGUCCGCAUCAUUUUGGAUCAGCUAUGGCCCGCCAAUCGGUCAUGUUAGACGUGCACACAACAUUGUGAAAAUUGUCUAUUAUAACCAUUUUAACCUCUUUGGAUCGCUGUCACAGGAUGACGAAACAAAACCCUAUCCAGACUCACGUCUCUUAAAUCUUUUACACAAUUCCCUCUGCUAUUUUCAAAGGUAGCAAAGCUUUGCUAAAAAAUACAAUGAGACUUUUUCAUAGACACAUCUUAUUUAUUGUUGACAAAUCACUUACAAUGCUGGACAUUUUUCCUAUUCCUAUUUUGCUAUUAAGAAAAUUCAGUCAGAGUUGGAAUAGUGAAAUGGGUCUUAUUUAAUCGCCAUGUGUCAAAUAUUGUUUGAACUUUAAUUUCUGAAUAUGUAAAUACCAUAAAGGAUGUAAGUACGUGUUAUUGAUAAUGAUGAUUCUUUAACUAUAAGUUACUGUAUCAGCUCGACAUGCUUUGUAAGAUUUUAGAUAUCACACUUAGACAAAUUCUGAUUUAAAAUAUAAUGAAAAUCAAA